AUGAAGCUGAUUCAAGAGGAGAAUGCAGCCCUCCGCCGCCGGCUCGAGGAACUCGAAGCGUCCGCGAGCAAAACUUCCGCGGAAGACAUGUGGGCUAUGGUUGAGGCAAGGGUCCAGGCCAGACUAGAGUCGGCUCUGAUGGGACCAGCCCAGAGGCCCGCCCUGGCCCACGAAACAAGGGCGAGGCCCUCCCCAGCCCAAGACCAAGAGGGAGAAAGGAAAAGGGAAGGGGAAGAAAACAGUCCCCGCUUCCCAAUCCCCACCCCAGUAGCAGGACCCUCCAGCGCCCCGCCACAAGCAGUCGCAGGUCCUUCUGCGGCCAAGGCGACUGAAGCGGAGUCAAGGACAAAGAAGAGCCGGGAUAAUGGCAAGAAGGAGGCGACAGCGCCAGGGAAGAAGACAGCGCCCAACCACAAACCCCCUCCAAAGGUCAAGGGGAAAAAGCCGCCCCCACAAGCGCAACCUGCACCGGAGCCCCGCCCUCUACCGCCGGCCCCCGCAUCGAUGGAGACGCCGUGGGUAGAAGUGGUCAGCCGAAAUAGGAAGAAGAGGAAGCCUGCUGUAGCGGUGAACACUCAGCCACGACAGCCGGCGCGCCGGGCUGAGCCCAAACUACGACCGCCACGCUCCGCAGCGGUUGUUAUAUCGCUGACCCCUGCGGCGGUAGCAAAGGGCUUGUCUUACAAGCAGGUCCUUACGGACGCCCAGUCGAAGCUGGACCUCACCGGCCUAGAUAUCACCAGGCUGAGGCCGAAGUUCGCGGCCACGGGCGCCCCCAUGCGGAGGUCGGCGGGUGCAAACCUGAACGACGGAGACGUUGUGCAGGAGAUUUCGGGCGAGAAGCCCAUGGAGGGAGUGGCCCGAUCAUCUGUGGCCACAGAAGUCGAUAGCGACUCGAGUGGGAGUGUCUCUUCCGUCAGGAGUAGGAGGCUAUGGAGAAGGCAUUCCCGCUCGAUCGACAGCUGGUCGCUCAACCUAACCAGCGACACCGACGAGCCGGUGCCCAAGGCGCAGACCACCGACGGCCGAGGGAGAGGACGUCCUCCCACGACGAAACCGCCCCGUCACGAAAGAGGAUUUGAAGAAGUGCGGGCAUGUGGUGCGGGCCAUUGUCCGCAAAUCGGGCAAUCUGAAGGGAACGUCCAGAAGGCUCUGAACUGGGUGACAAACACAAUCACCCAGUACAUCGAACAGCCGCAGUCCGCCCUCAUCGCUCGCCUCGAGAGCGAAUCAAAGAAGUGGCAGGAGCUCAGUGCCCGCCUCGAGGCCAAUCUGAAAACGGUACAGGAAGAGAACGCAGCUCUCAAACAACGCCUCGAAGGGUUGGAAGCGGCCACCAAAGGGCCGCCUAUAGAAGAGAUGCUGGCUAUGGUCGAAGCCAGGGUCGAGGCCAGGCUGGAGUCGGCCCGGAUGGGGCCAGCCCAAAGGCCCGCUCUGGCCCAUGAAAAGAGAAUGGCAACAGGGGACACACAACUCCCUGUGUCGGGGGGAAUAGUAGGAGGUCCCGCCCCGCCUAAAACCAAGAGGGAGAAAGGGAAAGGGGAAGACAGUCUCCGCUCCCCCUCCCCGCCCCAGUACCGGACCUCCAGCGCGGCGCCGCAGUACUGUCCACCAACCGAGAAAGAGGAAAGCCGAGAGGAAGAAGGUGACAACGACGACGUCCAAGCCGAAGGCCCAAAAGGGAACGAAGAACGGCCCUCCGGCACAAUUCCGCUGGAGCCCCGCCCUACCGCCGGCCCCGCAUCGAUGGAGACGCCGUGGGUAGAAGUGGUCAGCCGGAAGAAAAAGAAGCCCGCUGCAGCGGCGAACACCCAGCCGCAACAGCCGGCGCGCCGGGCUGAGCCAAAAUUACGACCGCCACGCUCCGCAGCGGUCGUUAUAACAUUGACUCCUGCGGCGGUGGCCAAGGGCCUGUCCUAG